GUUGCAACGUAGCCGGCUACGUUUGCGCUGUGGGGAGCGAAGCCGGAGCCGGGCGAGAGGCUGACGGAGACUCUGCUCAGCUCGCCGAUUCCUCCCUGCCAGAAUCAUGGCGAGCCCAAGAACAAGGAAGGUCCUGAAAGAAGUGCGAGUGCAAGAAGAGAAUAAUGUUUGUUUUGAGUGUGGUGCGUUUAACCCUCAGUGGGUCAGUGUGACCUAUGGAAUCUGGAUCUGUCUGGAAUGCUCCGGAAAACACCGAGGCUUGGGCGUUCACCUCAGCUUUGUGCUACCAGUCAAUGGCGAUGGACAAACAAAGGACAUCGAACUGGAGAAAAUGAAGGCUGGCGGGAACGGCAAAUUCCGGGAGUUUUUAGAGACUCAGGAAGAUUAUGAUCCGUGCUGGUCGUUGCAGGAGAAGUACAAUAGUAAAGCCGCUGCGCUCUUCAGAGAUAAGGUAGCUACAUUGGCUGAGGGUAAAGAAUGGUCCGUCGAAACAUCUUCUGCCAGAGACUGGACUCCACCUCAGCCCAAAGUUCCUCUGUCCUCAGCUCACCGAAGUUCUGCUGGACCGCCCCAGAACGCUGGGGCCUCUUCGGACAAAGCCUUUGAAGACUGGCUGAACGAUGACGUCGGCUCUUAUCAAGGCGGCCAAGAGAAUCGCUACGUGGGGUUUGGGAACACAGUAACGCCUCCGAAAAAGGAAGAUGACUUUCUCAACAAUGCCAUGUCAUCGCUGUAUUCAGGCUGGAACAGUUUUACCACUGGAGCAAGCAAGUUUGCCUCGGCAGCUAAAGAGGGUGCUACCAAAUUUGGAUCUCAAGCAAGCCAAAAGUUUUGGGGCCACAAACAGCAGGCGGAGCCGGCUUCAGAGUUAGGGCAGACUUUAAAUGAAAAUGUUCUCAAACCUGCACAGGAAAAGGUAACUUUGGAAACGAAAGGGAAAAUCAUGGAGGACGUCACCCAGGGAGUCUCACAUUUGGCUUCCAAGGUCCAGGGAGCAAGCUCGAAGGGCUGGCGAGACGUCACCACUUUUUUCUCUGGAAAAUCUGACGAGCCUUCUGAAAGGCCACCCGAGGGAGGGAGCUACCAGAACAGCGGCGGCGAAGGCUACCAGAACAACGCGGUGGACCAGAGCUUUUGGGAGACCUUUGGGAACUCGGACCCACCCAAGACCCACAAGUCCCCGAGCAGCGACAGCUGGACGUACGUGGACAAUUCUGCCGAGAAGAAGAGCUCCGACAGCUGGGAUGUCUGGGGGUCUGGGACCGUCUCCAACAACAAGAACAGUAACAGUGACAGCUGGGAAAACUGGGAAACCAGUUGGGAGAAUGCAGGAGGGGAGGGCAAAGCCAAAAAGGCCCCGAAGAAGGCAGCGAAGGAAUCUUCUUUGGCAGCUGACGAAGGCUGGGAUAACCAGCAGUGGUGAGACUUUGCCUCCGGCUAGUGUGGCUUUGGAAAGAAGUCAUACCUCUAAUGGAGACGUUCCCCACCUAGCGGGAUGGAUAUCCUAGUCAUUUUGGGCCUGUCAAACCUCAUGCAUCAACUGUUCCGUUCUCUUUCCACUCCUGUUUACAACACAACAAAAGAGAACUGUCUGCCGAUCCUUGUAAUUAUCAUGCAAAGAUUCGUCUCUCCCAUGGAAACCACCUCCCGCCGUUAGAUACGCGACCACCGUGCUACCGUUGGGUGCGGGACAUGCCAACUUGCCCAAAGCAAGCAUUUUAUUUUUGAAGGAAGCAGGUUUUCACGUGAGCAUGCGUUCAUCGCACAAUCCCGCAUGCGUCGUCUUUCCAAGAUUGCCCGGCUUCCGUGAGGAACCUACAGGAGAGGAACUUCUGGAGAACUGCUGGAGAGGCGGUGUUAAUUUAUUCUGCCUCCAGCGGACCCAUAAGUUUGUUCUUGGCGAAUGGAAUUGGCCGGGCUGCUCUGAUUACUUUGAAUCAAGCUGAAAUGGAAAUUAAGACACUGUUUAAAACAGUUCUUCAAUUUAUCAUGGGUUGAAAGAGUUAGGGAGAAAAAAAAUUCCUUACCUCAUUCUCUUACAAGAAAGUUGAAUUUUCCCUUCGAAACGUUUGGAGGGCCGAGAGGUUGAGAGCCCCUUGAUUCCAACCGUGAGCCGAUUUUUUUUAGGAGAUGUCUUCCCCAAAGAUUCCCUCCUGUGUUAAAAAAAAAAAGAAGUAUUUCACCCCAUUUUCUUGCAAUCCCUUUGCUGAUGGGGAUUUUAGCAGGGGUGUCUAAAAUCUCAAUCAAUGAUGCUCGCGGAAAGAUUAACCAGUGGAGACGAGAUAUGUGAAUGCACUUAGCUUUCUGAGUUUCCAGUUUUUCUGUUCUGUUUCAGAGCUCGUCAACUGAUUUCGCCAAUGCAUGCAUUCCAAGAUGCUUUUCCCGAUCCCUCUGCCCACUCUACCCUCCUCCCCUGCCUUUUUUCUUUAAAGUUACCCAAGUGAUCAGGUUGCAACUGGAUCAUAUUGGGCUGCAACUCAUGAUGCUCUAGACAGGUUCCGGCAUUUUCUUUUGACAGGGGUCUCGCGUAACAAAGUGCCCCAAUGACUGUUGGGUCAUAUUUUUUUGUUAUUUCUGUGCCACAACCCUUUGAGUUUACAGCGUGACUGUUCACGUCACGAUAACUUGCUGGAAGCCGGUGAAUCAAGACAGGAGCCCAGCGUGGCUGUCGAUAAAGAAUUUCCCCCAUCACCCGCAUAGAAAUGUUGCUUGGCAACCUGGGUUUCAGAUGAGUCUCCAUCCCAACAGACAUUACUAUUGGCUGGUAGUGGUAUAUAUGGUGAGUUGCUGCACAGGCUUGAACGAGCAGGAUUCAGCUAAGAUUGCUGCUGUAAAUGCCGACUUCAGCAGCACCCCCGCUCCAUGUUAUGAGCUACCCAUAUAAUGUAAAUUGUUGCUGGGGGGGGGGGGGGGGGGUUAGUUCAGUAUGUCUUUACCUCAUGGCUCAAUAUGAUCUAGCUGGUUCUUUAAUUCAAGACUUGUAUUUAAUGUAGUCUUUCCAACUGCCACUUUGACAUUUUCCCUUCAGUUUCUCUCCAACCUUUCCCUCUGCUCCAUUAUCCUGGGCGGGUCUAUCCUCUUGUGCCCCUUGGGUACAUCUAAAGCAGCAGCGAUGUGGCAGUCCACUCCUUCCUUUGAGAACCUUUCAAGGGGCUUUCCUUGUGCCGUUUUCUUGAGUCUUACUGAAAGAUUUCCUGCUUUUCAGUGUUAAUGGUGCUGUUUUUGCAGAACAUCGACUCCUCCGGUUAUGGCUGUCUGUGCCCCCAUGCUUUCCCCUGGCAUAUUUUCCACUCUUCCUGCUCUAAAGAUGUGAGGGGGAAGUUGAGUGUGCAUUGAACUUGCAGGGACUAACCUUAUAUACGCCACCUUCCUUUUAUUUAUGCUCUCGAGUUCUUGCUUACUGCCCAGUUCUUGAAACCAAUCCACCUGCUUUGCGAAUCUUUGCGAAUCCAUGUGCUCUGCAGUCGUCUUUCUGCCCUGAACAUAAAGCUCUCUACAUUUCCUUUCGGGUUGUUUCUCUAGUUGUCUGAACAAACUUCCUUUGUCCAGGAAGCCUUCCCCAUCCAGGGAGAUCAGCUAUUUGGAGACUCCUUAAACAGAUUCCUGGUUGAGACAUGGGACAAAUCCAAGGCCCAUGUCCAGGAACCUUAAAUAUCCUGCUUGAUGUCCUGCUUCUAACUUUUCCUUUCAUACCCAGUGUUCCUUACCAGGUAUUGUCGAAGGCUUUCACGGUCAGAUUCAACUGGUUGUUGUGGAUUUUGCAGGCUAUCUGGCUGUGGUCUGGUAGAUCUUGUUCCUAACAUUUUGCCCACAUCUACCAGAGCCGCGGCCGUACACAUGGCCGAGAACCCACAGCAACCAGUUCAAGAGACUCCAGAAACGAUUACAAAAAGCACUCCUGGAACCAGAAUAAACAGUCCAGCAGGAAACCCUUCUUUGGCCGUAGGCUUCAGCCCAAGGGAGACAGAUCAGACCAGAAGUCCAAAGGAUUUUAGGCGUGACUCAGCAACCCUUCCAGUAGGGGGCAGAAUGACACUGCUUCAGAACAUCUGGGCAGUCUCUGGCAGAAGAGAACAGAGGCGUAGCAAGGGGGGAAACGCUCGGUGCACUGGAGCGUCCUCCGCAGCCGCCCUGCCCUGUAACAGCCCCACCCCAGAACGCCCCACACACACACCCACAGGGAUGCGCGCCCUGUGCGUCCCCCCACCCCACCCCCUUGGGUCUACGCCUCUGGAAGAGAAUACUAACUUGGUAUGCACAAAAAAUCCCUUUCUUCCCCUCUCCUAUUCUUACUGUGUGUCUAAGCUUCCUAGCCCUGUAAUUUUUGUCUCAAGGUAUAUCUUGUCCCGCUAACCCGCCCAUCCUCCAUCAUUCAGGCUCUUAAAUGGAACGUGCUGGUAUCAUCUUGGUAACACUGAAAAAGUUAAACGAUAGGGUGUUACGAACGCUGUCGCCUAGCUCGAUCUCUCAAUCUGUCAGUCGUAACCAGGUCUGUUAGCUCGGCGUGCAACAUGCCACACAGUUCUUUUGCAAGGGAGAUAUUGGCUGCUUUUGAUUAGUCCUUAAUCUCAGUUAUUCGCUAGGGUCGGGGUGGCCAUCUCCUUGAUUUGGGGUUAUCCUUGUUUAUCAGGAGAGCUGCCCUGUUUCCUUCCAGCACAGUACUAAGAGAAGACGGACAUAGCCAUUUUCUGCGUUACCUUUGACAGGUAAGAAACACCUUUAUGGAGGGGAGCUUUUUCCGAAUUGCAAGGUAGCUGGUUUUCUUCCGUGUUGUAAAUUGCUGGUAGGUAUGAAUGAGAAAGUAGGCGGAUCACUCUGAAUUUCAGAUCUUGUCUUAGAAACCGAGAACAUUCCCGAUAAUGGCGAAGUUCUCUAAAACGGAAUAGGUUGUGAGGUAAAAGAUGAGUCCCAGUUAUCUCUCUUCCCCUUUUGGGGGGGAGGGCAGUUUUUGAUCAGCGGAUCUCUUUAUGGUCAAUGUGCAGAAAGAAGUGUUCCUUUUUUAAAAAAAACAAUUAUAUUUUAACAAGUACUCUUUAAUGGCUACGUUUGCUGGAUUUGCAGGUACUAAAGUAGGUAUCUGGGAAACUUUCCAUUUAAAUUUCCCAUCCUGCAAACGAAAACGUGCAUUCCUCGGGAUACCAGUUUCUUAAGGGCCAUCUCUGUCCCUGGGAAUUGGCUGGUAUAAUACUUGGGCAGCAAAGAAGGUCAGCCCAUAUAAUCUCGUGCUACUUCAGUGGAUGAAGGGACAUUUGAGGGGACCUCUGUGAAUUGAGAGCCCAAAUAAAUGGGGUAGCAUCGGCUUUUCGUAUUUUGUAGGGAACAUGACCAUAGGAGGUAAACCCUAUAUAGUACAGCGUCAAUUAAACAGCAGUCAGGGUUGGAUGACAGUAACAGUGAGAUUGUGAAGACUGCUGAUUAAUGUCGCACCUUGCCUCCCAGUAGACCAGGUACACCAUGACCUCAUAGCCAUGUCCCCCACCUUUCCUUCUGCCUCCGCCUUUUCCAAUUGCGAUCCCAGUUCCGUUGUCCCUUUCUUCCCCCUGUGGCUAAGCUUCGGAAGAAAAGGUAUGCCUUAGAGCAGUGGUGGCGAACCUUUGGCACUCCAUAUGUUAUGGACUGCAAUUCCCAUCAGCCCCUUCCAGCAUGGCCA